UCUAUACAUUUGCCUUUGCGUUUGUUUAGUGUAUUCAUAUUUGUUUGUUUCAGAACAAAAGUGAAUAUGGCAGCGGUGAAAGCAAAGAAAAGUUCACAUAUACGAUGGCCCUUGUUUUUGUACAGUGCAUCAUCAACUCACUGUGUGCUAAAGCAGCUAUGAUGAUGUUUGCGCGAGAGAAAGACACGACUCCAACAAAGAUGUAUGCCCUGUGUUCAUUGUCCUACCUCGGUGCAAUGUUAGCCAGUAACCAGUCUCUGCAAUAUAUCAGUUACCCUACUCAGGUCAUCGGUAAAUCCGUGAAACCUAUUCCUGUGAUGAUCCUUGGCAUUCUGCUGGCCAAGAAACGCUACCCUCCCGCCAAGUUUGUAUUCAUCUUCAUGGUCUGCCUGGGGGUUGCUUUGUUUAUGAUGAAGGAUAAAAAGGCGUCGGAUAAGGAUGCAAGCCAGGGCUGGGGAUUUGGGGAAAUACUCUUGAUGGUUUCACUGACGCUGGAUGGGCUCACAGGGGCAUCUCAAGACCGUAUGACGGCUGAACACAAGACAGGGGCCUAUCAGAUGAUGUUGCACAUCAACCUGUGGUCCGUGCUUUGGUUGGCAGUGGGUCUGCUGAUGUCGGGGGAAGGGCUGUUAUUCCUCGGUUUCGUUCAGCGAUUUCCAGAAGUUCUUACCAAGAUGGUCAUAUUUGGCAUUGCAAGCGCCAUUGGACAGGUGUUCAUUUUCAUAACGGUGACGACAUUCGGUCCACUCCCAUGUUCCAUCAUCACGACUACGCGUAAAUUCUUCACCAUUCUCGGCUCUGUGAUCAUCUUUCAGAACCCCAUGAAUUCCCGCCAGUGGGUCGGCACUGUUCUCGUAUUUCUGGGUCUCGGACUAGACAGUGCCUACGGAAAAGAGAAAAAGGACUCGAAAUCUGCAAAACCAGUUUCUGCAUCUAGAUAACGCAAAUUUUGUAUAGAACUCAGAACCGUUUUUUGCAUCUAGAUAAUGAAAUCUUUUAUAGGACUCAAAACCAGUUUUUGCAUCCAGAUAACAAUUUUUUUUCGAUUUUAUUUAUUAUGUUUGAAAAAUGGUGACCUGUCUUAUUAUGUAUUUAUUUUCUAGCCAUUUAAAGUCGAUUGAUGUUAUUAAAUCCAUUCCAUUUUGUCUCUAAAAAUACGUGGUUUUGCCCUGUUUAAGAUUGCGAAAUAUUUGUCAGUUAUAGAUCAUCUUUGCACAAAUUGCUAAUUAUGAGCUAUUGUGGUCACUCUGUCCGUUGUAGUGUGUCAUGGAUUGUCAAGUUUUAGCUUGUUUACACUCUAACGGCCAAAUUUUAAAAAUUCCAAUCUUGAUAAAACUUGGUAAGAAUUUGUUGUUGACAAUAUCUUGGCUGUUUUGGAAUCUGCUUCAUAUCUUUUCCAAAUACUAAGUCACGACGUAAAGUCUUAGAAAAACCUUCUUGUCACUUAAGGGAUCACCUGUAUGACUCAGUGUCGAUUAACCUUGGUCAUACUGUUAAUCUUGUCAAAAUCUAUCCCGAUCUCAAAUCUGUAUCUUGUGCGUUCAAAAUUUAGUACACAAAGUAUCUUGGAAAAAGAUUGUUACCACUCUGGCAUGCUGGGAAAUUUGUUGUCUGCUAAAAUGGUGUCUGCUGAAUUUCUAAAAUUACAAUUUUCUUCGAUUUUUUUUCAAAGAAUACUAUCAGAAUAGCAAACAGUUUGGAUCCAGAUGAGAUGCCAUGUUCUGUGGCAUCUCAUCUGGGUCCAAACUGUUUGCAAAGGCCUUCAAAAUUCGGUUCCAGCACUGAAAGAGCUAGAGGCAAUGUUAUUGACAGAAUGUUGAUCAAUCUUUGUCAGAAAUGUAUUUUGAAAAUAUCUCGGUUGAGUUUGAAUCUGUCUCAGUUGUGUCCAAAAAUUAGGUUAUUCGGCUGAUUCCUAGAAAAACCUUUUAACCAAUAUAGAGGCUCAUUUAGGACUCAAUAUUGAUAAAAUUUGGUGUUAAUGUUUAUCUUGGCAAUAUCUAGGUGUAUUAAUAUUCUGGUUCAUGUGCAUCCCAAAUUAAGGUCACCAGGUAUUAAAACAAAUAUAAGAAAACCCAUGUUAAACGCCUUAUUUACGAUGAAACAUGAUCCGAAUGUUUGUUUUUUAUGCAGGCUGCGUCCAAAUCUAGGUCACAGGUGUUCAAAAACUUGAUAACCAUGUCAGAUCUGAAAAAAUUAUUGUUGCCACUUUAGAGACCACAUUUACGAUUUAACCUUGAUGAAACUUGGUAAGAAAGUUUGUCUUGACAAUAUUUAUCUCGAGUUUCAAUCUGGGUCAGAUGGAAUCAAAUCAUCAAAAACAAGGUCACCUGUCCAAGACUGUGACAAUGUUGUACUUUGAACUCAGGUGAGUGCUUGAAUUCCAUUGUCCAGGCGCAGGAUCACGUGACUUUGUGGGGUUCCACCUUUAAAUUUUAAUGGAUUUUAACACGACGGUUAGUGCUGCUUUUUUUCAAAUAACUUUUUAAAACUUUUUUUUAAGAAUUUCGACUCAGGUGCAUAAAAGACAGGUUGUUAUGCUGCUUAUGGCAAUGUGAAAUACAUCAGAAUUACUUUAUUUAAUAAGCCUGUGUUCGUGUUUAUAAUUCGAUUUGUACUACACGGUUAUGUUCCACGGAACGUGAAAUUUUGUCAACGAUUUUAGACAUAUUCAAAGAUUUAUUCUUAUACUUUAAAAUGUUGGCACAAACUGCAGGAGAAGCUGUCUUUUUAUGCACAACAUAUUUUUGCAAAUGUAUUUCAAUAACUUGAGAUAUUUGCAAAAAUACAAUUCUUAAAGGUGUGAUUACAUUCUGUCCAGCAUGUGCGUAAGCCCCUGAAAACCCGUUGAUUCUGCACCCUGUUGUAAUAGUGUGGACGCAUACAUGUUUUCAAGAUACAUUUAAAGCUAUAUUUGGCAGAUUUUAACUGUUAUGUGACAAAAAAUAUUAAAAAACGUCUCAUCUACAUGUAUUUUACAAUCCAUAUCUGUUAGUUUACAUUUAUGAGUCUCGUGACAGCGUAAGCAACAUUUUUAAACUGAUUCUUUUAUCUGCAAUGUCAUUCAUUUAUUUUUGAAGUUUGUGAAGCAUGCAGAAUAUGUACCGGUAUGGAUACAUUAUAAUGUAAAUAUCUACUGGUAACCUGUUGUUAUAUUUGCAUGUUAUCAUAAUGCCAAAUCAUGACACUUUUUUGUGUUAUUUUCAUUAAUGGGUCGUGUUUACAAUGCUUUUGUUUAGAAAAGGAAUAAUGAUAUGGUAUUGAGGAACAAACAGUUGGAAAUAAAUAAUUGUAUUUAUUA